AACGAUAUGCAGAUGCAAUCUGGAAUGCAGGAACUCAGGACAUUUCCAUUGCCCUUUCUGUCCGAAGACUGUACUAAAAAAAAGUGACAUGGCCAAACACUUGGUGGCUUGUCAAAAGAGAAGUCUGAAUACAUCUGCCUUGGCUCCUGGGACCACGAUGAAUCCACUCCCAUCUACCCUAGUUGCACUGACAUCCUCACCCCUAAAGACAGUAUCCCCCUUUCCAGUCAUCAGCAAGAGCCCUUCCCAUAUUGAUGACCACACAUACUGUGCCAUGUCAACAGUUGCCCUGGAGGAUAAGCAUAUGCUGCUGGAUAAUAAGAAAGUCAAAUGUCCCCACUGCAGUCUUGUGUGCUUCAAGAAGAACAUUCCAAAACACAUCCAAAGAAAACACAAAAAAGAAUCGAAGGAUAUUUCAGUCCAGGAUCAUUUGAAUAGUGCCUGUGUGGACCCAGACAACGCAAUUUUUGCUGUGCAAAAGUCGAAGCAUGGUUUCUCUGUACCGGUUCAUGUACAAAAUAAGACCUUCGGACAUCAACACAAAGUGGAGUGUGAGUUGGAAGAGUGCAGACAAUAUCACUUCUUGGCAGUAAGAAGUGGUCUACCAUUUAAACACUGUGAGCACAUCCGCUCGUUACAGUACUGUACUCAGACAGUGAAGGAAGAAAGACUUUUGGCCAAUGUUUUGGAGGAAAUGGUGGCACUUCAAUUUUUUGGGGUGGCAAAAAAAGCCUCAUGCCUUAAAAGACAACAUGUUGCACAGAUGAGUCAUAUACCUCUCUGUGCACAAGUAGAUUUUAAGCUGACAACAAAGCAUUUGUGCUUCUCCAUAUAUGAGCCAGUUCUGAGUCAUUACACCCGUCUUGGAAGGUUAAUUGUUACAUACAAUGCUUCUGAGAAUACAUGGCAUUGCCCUUGUGCCAAACCAAGGCGUUCGUGUUUACACAAAAAUAUCAGCAAAUGGCAUUUAUUCCAAACAAAUCGUGACCUGUUUAUAACCCAGCCUCCUAGUCCAACCACACUCCAUCAGAAGCAUGACAGUACUUAUCCACCGUUGAAUGAAAACUUAAGGCAGUUGUCGAAUUACAUUUACACUCACAAAAAGCUUCCAGAUGACCUACCUGGUGAGCUUUUGCAGCCAAAGGCCACUACUGACUACAUGGCAGAAUUGCAUCCAGCAGAGACAAUUUGCACUGUCUGUCCAGACACUGUUCAGCUACAUAAAUCCACAAGAAUUACUGGAAAAGCUAAGAUAGUCACCAUGAAUGGUGUGAUUGGAAAUGUUUCGACCUAUUUCAGGAGAUGUCCACAGUGCCAAAUGGUUUACAGGUAUCAAGAAUGGAAGGAUGGUCUACACAAUUUUAAUGAUCAUCUGGUACUGAGCCUUGAACUUUGUGUGUACCUAAGACACAACCUGCAGAACCAUGUAUCAAUAUCAAAGGUGAUACAUUCACUGGAAAGUCUUAGGAAAGAAAAAUUUCCUGCCCCAGACACCAUCUGCCAUGCUUACUACCACUUUGAGGCACUGACAAACCACGAUUAUUCUUUUUCGUGUGUCUGCUGUGGAUACUACCCACCAGUAGUGGUGAUGGACCUCCACAAAAAGGGAGUUUUUAAUUUACCCGUGAGUGACAUCAAGGAAGCUUCUGAAGACUUUACUGGUGAAGUCGACAUUGAACAUUUCUGGGAUAAUGUUCAACUGGAGAUGAUUUCUUACGGAUUUACCCCAACUCAUGCAAAAAACCCCUUUGGUGUUAAACCAAAUUUUGAGUAUUGGGCCCCAUGGAUUGGAAAGAAUACGCGAAAGUCAGAGGUUGUGCUUAACACGGAGUACGAAAAACUGUCAGCUUCGAAAUCCUCAGCUGAAACUGAAGUCAGCAUGGUGUCAGAGGAUCGUCUUGUUGAUGAGCUAAUGAAACAGAAGGUUUCAACUGUGCGCAAACUUUGCAAGGCCUGCAAUCUAGAUUGUAGGGGAUCACGGAUGGAUCUUAUCAUUAGGCUACGAGAAGAAAUGAAGACAAGACAUUCAUAUGAUAAAAUAUUCCAAAAGAUAUGGGGUGCAUCUGGUGGAUGGUCUGUGAUCCUCUGUCCUCAUGCUGUGGUUUACAGCCUUAAAUUUAACUUGAGGGCAGAGUCUCCGAGGGAUUUUACAGACCUCCUUUUAUCUUGGAAACAUCUUCCAAACGUCUCCGUCUAUGAUUUUGCACGAGGCUUGACAACGCAUGCCAACCUCCGUUUGCCAAACGCCUUACCUUUCAGGCCACACGAAGGCAGACUGGCUGCAUCACUUAGUGACAACAUCAGUAAAGCGCAGCAAAAAAAACUCAAAAUCUCUCUACCAUGGUUGACAGAAAAGUCCCAAACUCCCCAAAAACAUGGACAUCCUCUGACUGGCUCCUCAGACCACUAUGUUUUAUAUGACAAAUUUCAUGAGACCAAUACAAAAGAUCCACAGGAAAUCCUAAGAAGGAUCGACCUGGUUCCUGAACUUCAGGGUUCAUUGAAUAGCCAAGUGGCUGAGCAGCUUUUUGCAAGCAUGCAGAAAAACAAUUAUUUUCUCAACAACAUGGCACCGUCGACACAUAUUUUUUUAAUGAGAAACAUUAUUCAUCACCGAAAUAAUACUACAAAUGCCAGACUUUUGGAAAAACAAUUACAGAGAGGACUUGACUCCCAUCAUCUGAGUGAUAUUACUCUGAAUGACUUUGGACAAGCUGUGUUUGCUCCAAGACCUCAAUCACAUUCAGAAGAACUUAAAUCACAACCCCCAAAUGAUAGUCAUCCCCUACACAUACAGGGGUGCAACACAGAUACCAGUGGAAACAAUGAACAAUGUGGAACCCACUGUGCGGUCAUUACAAAUUGUGAGAGCAUAAGACCAUGCAGAGCUUCAUGGGCAGUUAAAACUCAUCCUGCUCAAGAACGGCUGCUUGCGUACAUCUUGGACAUUGAGAGGCCAGAAACGGAGUUGAUAGUCCAAACAAAUAAAGCCUGUCUGACACGUUCUGACUUUUGGACCCUUGGAUUAAACAGGGAAAUGGAAUCAACUAUAGGAAAUGCAUGUUUGGAACUUGUCCAACGAAUAGCUCAUUCAAAGGUACGAAAAAGUAUAUUUUUGGAGUCGAAAGGUAUCAUUUUAACUGUACAGCAUGUGUGUAUGCAUGUAUGGGCGCAUAUAGGUGUGUGCGUAUGUUUAUAUGUAUAUAUCGUAUGUCAGUGUGUAAUAUAUGAUGUAUUUCUCAGGGAAAGAACAUAUUUGUGGCCGACCUCUAUGUUGUCGCGACAUGGCGUAAGCCUACAGAAUGUGACCCACUCAUGCAUUUGCCUAUUGACGUCAAAAACAGAGAUGCUGUCGUUGUUCCCAUUUGGCAACCUGGACACUUCAUGUUAUCUAAACCUCUGCCAGUCUAUUAAUGCAGGGACUUGGACAGAGAUAAUUGGAACAGAUAUACAGGGUUUCCCGGGACAGCCAUAUGGGAAUGACUGUGGCAUCUUCAUGUUGAUGUAUGCUUUGUACGGUGUUCUGGACGCUCCCUUUGAUUUUAACAUCACUGAUAUGCCAACUUUGAGGAAGUGGUGGUGCAUAUUGUUGGUGGAAAAUUUUGAACUUGGGUGCCACGGGAAAUUGUUUGCCCAUUGGACAAAUGAGGCAAAAGCCCUCUUGCAGGGUGAAGUGCCACCAGUCUUCAGGUUGAAGAAAAGGAAAUAUGAUACCAUCGCUGAGGGGGUACAAGACAAAGAGAUGUGGACCAGAGAAAUGAUCUAAUAUAUCUUCAAUUAGACAAUGAAAAAAUAAAAGCAUAGCACGUUACAACAAUGUUGUCAUUUCUGAUGAUGAAUGAAUGAAUGUUUGAAAUAAACCACCAUUACUUGGAG